GUACAAUUAUGCCAUGUUGCUUGUAUUAUAUUAAAAAAAUAUAGACUACUGCUCUAAUAUUUAUUGUGCACUUGUUCGGUGAACAAAAAAAAAAAGAAGAAAAUCGUAUACCACACAAAGAAAGAAGAAACAAAGCAAACAAGGACAAUCUAUUAAAUAGACGAAGUCCAGGCAUGUGGUAGCAUGGUGGUACGUACACAGAGAAAAAAUGUUUAUUAGAUCACUAAUGGUAGUAUAAAAAUUACUAUUUUUUUUUCUUACACAAUCGUUUGUUCAUCUUCAUCUGUAUGGGAAGGAUAUGAUAAAGACGGAGAGAGAACAAAAAAAAGCAACUUUUUUAGUAAUUAUAUUUAGCUAUUGAGUGUGAAAAACGUUUAUUGUUACACUAAAUUUAAUAGAGACAUAUAUACAAUGUCCGUAUCAGUUGUCAAUUGUUUAGUGUAUACUUACGGUUUUAAAUCAUGACAUUUACAGAAGAAUAAAAGAAUCAUGAACAAAUUAUUUCAAUCAAAAAUCCAUAUUGGUUAAACGAGUAAGCCUAUAAUGAGUUAAAUAAUGGACAGAUUGUUAGUCAUGCAUUCUAAGGGUCAAGAUAAUUCCUUUUGAAGUAUAAAACAUUAAUUCAGAAUUAAUAUAAUCUAAAUUUAGAAAAAUUGCGACUUGUGUUUAAAAUAAGUAAAAGUUUUUUGAAUCAUUAUCUACUAUAAAAUAUAAUACAAUCAAAAAGUUAUCAUUAUAACUUCAUUAUUCAUAAUGAAUUUAUCAGUUUUUAGUGCUCAUAAAUUAGAUUUGUUUUUUAAAAAAUAUUAGUUUUCUUAUUGUAUUUUCUUUUCAAACAGUCGGUGCUCAAAGUGUAAUCAUGGAACGCUAAGAUGAUCAGGGUGCGUAGCAAGGGCUCAAAAGCAGAAAGGGGGGUGACUUAAAAUUUUUCUGUUAAAUAAUGUUGUGUUUCUAUUAAAAAAUUCGUAUAAAAUUACUGUUACUAAGCAGGAAAAGAAGAUUUAUCAUAUUUUGCUGCGAAAAAAGCAAACAUUUUCAAAAGCAGGAUGUGGUCGUUUAGGAACAAUUGUCGGUUAGUUGUCAUUUUCCAGCUUAUAUUGAUUCUAUAUCCAAUUGGAUUUCAAAAUUCCAUUGUAAAAAGAAAAAAUAUAUUCUUAUGAGAAACAUUUUUUCUCUCUUUCUCUGUGAUAUCCUUUGGAUCAAGUAUAAACAUAAAAUCAACUGCAUAUAUGUAAUAAUAAUCAGAGUAACAAAAUAUUUAUUUAUUAUGUCAAAACUAUGUGAACACAAUAAACAUGUAUACACAUGAAUGAAUGAGUUCAUUAUUAAAUACCUAAGAUAAUUUAUGAUUUCAUUAGAGAAAGAGAAAGAAGAAGAAUAAUGUUUUUAUUAUAAUAAAUAACAGCACAAGCGAAAUUAUGUACAUCAAAAUAUUUUCUUGUUAUAUAGAUCAGUGGUAUGUACUAGACCAUAAACUAAUGAGAUUUUACUCACCAAAAGAGAUUCAAUUCUAAUCAACUAGUUUUCAUUAAAUUAUUUCUUAAUGUUUUGACUAUGACAUUCGACUAUUCUUCCAUAAAAGACAAAGUAAAACUUCUCACGUAGAUAAAGCUCUUAAUGAGUCACAUAGAGACAAUUAGCUAGAAAUUUUGAUUGAUGUCCAUUCAAGUUUUAUCCUAUACACUAUAGUCUGCUUAAAGAGAACACGUAGUUAUGUUAGUAACAAUUUUAUUUGUGUUUUUAUAAGUGUCGAUAACUAACAUGUCUAUUUUAAGUAUUGUUUAUCUUUACAUAAGACUAUUUACAGGACGUAUAACGGCUGUUGUCACAUUACUACGAAUAAGAAUCUCUCUCUAUUUUCUGUAGUUAUUAGAUUUGUUGGAUUCUUUUCAUCUAAUAUCUUCUAAUUAUGACAACGCAUCAGAAUCUUCUAAUGUGCAACUUAUAAGAAAUUGUCAUUGAAUUGUAGUAAACUAUUACUAUAUUAGACUAUAAAAUACAAAUUAUUUGCAUUCGUACACGUACAUCUAUUAUAUUAUCGAAAAACUUUCAAAUUGAAUUAGAUAUAUUCUUUUAACUACUGACUUUGAUCAAUAUUUCUCAAUAUCUUCUAAAAUUCUUGAUUUUUUCAUUUAAUUUUUUUUUCUAUUUUAGUAAUAAACUUAGAGUAUUUGAAUGCUCACAAAAUGGUGUAGAAAUUGUUUUUAAUUAGAUGGAUGUAUGUAUGAUGAACAGUAUCAAACGAAAUUCUGUAUAUAUCUAAUAUUAUUAUUUAUUGUUAAUUUUAAAAUCUCUUGUUCAGCAUGUACAAAUUUGACAAUUAUUUAUUUAUCUAAUUGUUAUUUUAAUCCACAAACAUAUCAAAACGGUGUCAAAAGUCGAAUAUUAGAUAUAACUGUUGCACGUGUCAUGAAUCCAAAUGAGGAUAUUGAUAAAUAUGCCGUUGUUCAUUCAACUCCUCCCUAUUACGUUCGUAUGGCAUUAGAUAUUAUUUGUUCAUCUAUGCCAUCACAAUUAUGGUCAUCAUUAGAAUUAUCACCCACAUUGAACGGAGAAUUUGUUCGAACAGAAUUGAAUAAUAUUUUAUUUUUUAAAAAACAAACUUAUCUAUCAUCAUUAUAUUUAUUAUCAGGAACAUUUUUUGUCCGAAAUUUAACAAAAGUCGAUUGUCAAACAAAUAUUCAAUAUCGAACAAAUACAAAUGAAAUAUUUAAAAUCAAUAUUCAAUUGGAAUCAAAUUAUAAUGAUACAUGUAAUGCAGCACAAAAUUCAUGUUAUCCAACACAAAACUAUUUAUGUGAUGAGUACACUAAACGAUGUACAUGUCGACCACCAUUACUUUUAUAUCAGACAUGGUGUGUAGAUUAUAUUAAUAUAACAAAUUGUACAUAUUAUUCUCAUCGAUGUAUACGAUGGUGUGAAAUGAAUGAUAAUGCCGAUUGUAUUUGUCCUCAACAAGGAACAAUAAAAAAACAAAUAACUUCAGUCAAUAAUAGUUCUCAAAUUCAAUUUCUUUACUAUUGUGAAAUAUUACCAGACCAACAUUGUCAACCUUUUAACACUAUUCGACGUUGUCCUUUGAAUCAACAAUGUAUUAAUGCCUAUUGUACAACAAAAUCAACUGUAAAAUCCCAUCCUACAAUUAGUUCCAUUGAGUUGAUAUUAAUUGUUUUACUUAUUGCAGCCACUCUCACGAUUAUUGCUCUUGUCAUUGUGUUUUAUUUAUUUAAUCAGUAUCGUCAUAGAAAACAAAAACAUUUAUCACCAUCACUUAUUCAAUAUGCCGUAUCUACUAGACGUAAAAAUCAAAAUUUACAAAAUUAUCCGCAAAAAAUAUACUCUUUACCAAAUAGUAUAUCAAGAAUUGCUUACAACAAAACAAUGGACCACGAGUCUAUAUACGACAAUCACCAAAAUAUAUAUGGAGCAUUUCGAAACAAUGUUCAAGUGACAAGGAUAACAGGAGAAACAACACAAAAUCAAUUAUUAAGAAAAAAAUCAUUUUCAAAUAUGAUCUAUGAAGAUAACAAUCAUUCUGACGAUCUAAAUUAUCAACCGUACGCUGUUUUUCUACAAGAAGGUACAACAGCCAUAUUUGCAUGA